AUGGAGCAAGCAAAAGAAAGAGAUGGAUUCAGUGGGCAACCGGACCUUCCAGAUAUAACAAAGGAGUAUAUCGCAAGGAUACUUGACCCAAAGCAGAGACAAAGAGAAAUAGAAACAAACAAGGCAGAAGUUGAAGAUAAAACAAAGCUUCUGGAGGUCUGUCUUCAGAAGGAAGGGAUAGAAAUUCUGAAGGACCUGGACAGACUACCACAAGUCAUACAAGGAAUGAAAAUAUUCAACCAACAAAUAGACAAUGCAGAAGAACAGAUAAUGGAGACAAGUAUUCGGCAGAAUGAAACACAAAAGGCUCUUCAGGAAAUUAAAAGAGUCCGAGAAAGAGUAAAAGAGUCUAUUGCAGGAACCAGAAAAAUAAAAGAACUAAUUGAAACCAGCAAGGCACUGGAAAGGGUUUCGAACAAGGCCCUUGUAAAGGUAGAUGCUUUAGUGAGCAAUCGAAAGGGAAUCUCAGAAGAAGAUGCACGAAUUGUUUUCCUGUGGCUACUAGCGCAUAAGAAGCUAAUAAUUGCAUCAAGGCAGUUUCCAGACUAUUCGUUCUAUGAAGACCUUCGCUCGCAAAUUAUAAGCUCGGAAAAAAAGCUUGUGAUGAUGAGCAAUCUGCUGGUUCAGUGGUGGGCGUGCGAAAUAACUGGGGGAAUCAUGGAAAUCGCAGAGAAGAAAGAGAUCUCGAAAGAAGACACUACAGACGAAACAGAGUAUGCAAAUGCCCAGAAGGCUAGACAAUUUGCGCUUUCAAACAGAGAAUUUGUGAGAGUUAGUAAAUAUGUAUAUGCAGAGCUUGGGAAACUUGAUGAGUUUACAGAUUAUGUAAACAAUGCAAGAAGAAGAGAGCUACUAAAGCUGUGCAAGAUACCCAUAGACAGAUAUACGACAAAGAAACGACUGGCCAUUUUCUUGACUAUUUUUACAGAAUAUCUCAAGAUAGACACAGAAAUAAAGUCGUAUCUAUCACAGCAAAUAGAUCCUGCAAUUGAAGAGUACGAUGUGGAGAUGGGAAAAAAGAUUGAAUCGAUUAUUGCAUCAAUUCCAGAAGAUGAUCUCGACCAUGCAUACAUUUUCAAGAAAAUCAAGUUGUUUUUUGUCGCCAUGCAGUCGCAGCACGAGGCGCACUUCAAGAGUCUUUCCGAAAUGCUCAUACAGUCCGUGUACAAGUGCAUAAACCAGGACUCAGACCAGACAAGCACAAGAAUAUGCAGCAUUAUUGCAGAGGACAAAACACCAGAAGAGAUUCUUUUUGCAGUAGCUUCAGAGAUCAGAAGGUUCUUCCGAGAUGCAAAGCAAAUGGUGCACGACAUAGAGCAAGUGGAAAAUGAGCUGGAUGACAUUAUUUUGAAAUUUACAAAUGGCCUGGUUAAGUGCACAGGACCAGUUAUUCAGUCAGCUGCAGAGCAAAGUGCCCUAAUUAUUUCAGGGUUUGCCAAGGACCUACUGGAGAGUAUUCGGGAGGAGCUAAUCAAGCACAAGUGCAGCCUGACAGACGAAAUUCUCCAAACAAAGCUCCCAGAGAUCAGAAGAAUAAUAGAGCACGAGGCAGAAAUACUCAAAAAAACAGAAGCACAGCUGGAGAUGCACAUGUCCAGUAUAAAAGAAGAAAUAAGCAAAAACAUAAAGACAAUGACCCCAGAGACAAAAGUCUCCUUAUAUUCAGACAAGGUGGCAAGUGUUCUAGAGCAGUACAAAGGUAAAGUCUGCAUAGAAACCCUGCAGAAGCAUCUGGAUAGCAUUCUAGGCUGCACAAUAGAAUAUAUCGGGUGCAUAAAGAUAUAUCGACAGAUGGACGCACUUGAAAAUGACUUCGCACUGCUCUACAAGUCAGUCCAGUAUUUGAAUCUAGAGACUGCAAGUACAAAGAGAAUUCUAAAAAUGUUUACAGAAAUAGACUGCCUAAGGAAAGAGGAAAAGAAAAGAACAGAUGACCCAAUUACCACAGAACUAACUACAAUCCUAGAGAAAUACGCUAGUAAAAAGUAG